AUGGCAUCAGAUGACUUUGAUAUUGUGAUUGAAGCAAUGCUGGAGGCACCUUAUAAAAAUCAAGAGAGGGAGGAAGAAACUCCCAAUCAGGAGACAAAGAAGGAACAGGCGAAAGAGACAAGCAGCAGUCGGUCUGGAAACGCCAGUAACAGCAACAGGAGAAGUAGAAGUAGGAAGAGAAGCAGAAGUCAUGAUAGACGCCGAAGUUAUCUUCUCAGCCGCAGUCGGAGUAGGGACCGGCACAGACGACGGGGCAGCAGGGAUAGACACCGAAGCCGUGAGCGCAGACAUAGAAGCCGCAGUCGUGGAAGACGACACAGCUCAAGGAGUCGUGAUCGCCGACGAGAUGAACGUUCCAGACACCAUAGUCCUGGGAGGCGUCACACACGCAGCAGAAGUCGCAGCCCCCGACAUAAGGAAAAGAGUCCUAUCAGGCAACCAGAACCCACACUAACUCCAGAAGAACGUGAUGCAAGGACAGUGUUUUGUAUGCAGUUGGCUGCUCGCAUUCGUCCACGUGACUUGGAGGACUUUUUCUCUGCUGUAGGAAAAGUGCGAGAUGUGAGAAUUAUAGCAGACAGAAACUCUCGCAGAUCAAAGGGCAUUGCAUAUGUCGAAUUUUUAGAUAUCCAGUCUGUACCCUUGGCCAUUGGCUUAACUGGCCAGAGGCUGCUAGGUGUACCUAUUAUCGUACAGGCUUCACAGGCUGAGAAGAACCGUUUGGCUGCUAUGGCAAAUAAUCUGCAGAGAGGAAAUUCCGGACCCAUGCGCCUCUAUGUAGGCUCUCUACACUUCAAUAUCACAGAGGACAUGUUACGAGGAAUUUUUGAACCUUUUGGAAAGAUUGAGAACAUUCAGCUUCUUCGGGAACCUGAUACAGGGCGAUCCAAGGGUUAUGGAUUUAUCACGUUUUCAGAUGCAGAGUGUGCUCGGCGAGCCCUAGAUCAAUUGAAUGGAUUUGAGUUGGCAGGUCGGCCUAUGAAAGUUGGUCAUGUGACAGAUCGUGGUGAUGGCAGUACCGAUGUUUCGUUCCUUGAUAAUGAUGAUCUUGCACGCAGUGGAAUUGAUCUGGGGGCAACUGGAAGAUUACAUCUCAUGGCUAAACUGGCAGAGGGUAAGUUUUUACACUGUUGA